GAAAGUGCCUUCAGAUUGCCUAUAUGUGUCAGUUUUGCUGGUUGUGGUGUGCUGCUCACAUGCCGUUCAGAGCGCAUAUUUCCGUUUGCCUGGGUCUGAGAUGGAAAGCAUGACUCAGCGUUUGAUUGACGAAAAUGUAAGCACCACAGUCACCCAAAUACUUCAAGACCCAAAUUAUUCUUUAACCUUGGAAGAAAAAGAUAAUGUGGAGAAGUAUAUUGCUAGUAUCCCUCAUCUUGGAAUGGGAGGCAACAGGGUGGAGUCAAAUGCCUUUGAGCAUGGAAGUUCUGGUAAAACCCGGCAAGAAAAACAAGCAGCAGAUGAAGAAGAAAAUGAUUUUGGAAAGAAAUUAGAGAAUUUGGAUUCAUUGCACAAAAGCUUGGGAGAAGAUGUACCAACUAGUUCCAAGAAUACAGCAGUAAUGGAAACAAAGUUCAAGGAAAUUGAACAAAGAAGAAAAGGAUACAUUGAGGCAACGCUGCAACGAGUCCUAUACGUGUAUUUCUGGUCCGCUGCAAUACACCCCACGUAUUUCACGUAUUGUGAUCACAUUGAAGUUGAGCGGAUCCAAACCAAAGACAAUCAAUACCGCCAAGGUUCUUCCCUCCCCCCCACCUUAGUGGAUCUUAACCGGAAGGAUCGAUCAAAUCAGCCUGGGCCCACCGAGCAGAAUGCUGACCGGACUUUCCUUUGUCCCCUCGGCACCGGACCCCUACAAGCUAAGCUGCGCUUAACUAGAAUCCAAGCCGAAGGAUUCGUUGCGGCACUGCGAUCGAGUCGAUCUCCUGAACCGUUGAUCAACGCAGCCUGGGCCCACCGAGCAGCACCCGACCCCUACAAGCACAAGCUGCGCUUAACUAGAGUAGAAUCCAAGCCGAACGAAUCGUUGCGGCGCUCGCAAUCGAGUCGAUCCUCUUGA